AUGGCUGACCAAAACUCGUCGCAAUCCUCAGAAUUCUGGUUAUACGGAUACGGGAGCUUGAUAUGGAAGCCUCCGCCACACUUUGAUCGGAGAAUCCCUGGAUGGGUUGACGGUUAUGUCCGUCGUUUCUGGCAGGCCAGCGAGGACCACCGUGGCACCCCGGAAGCUCCAGGCCGUGUUGUCACUCUGAUUGAGAGAUCUUACUGGGAACAACUUACUGAUCAUCACGACUCUGCCCCGGAGCGAGUAUGGGGUGUGGCUUACCGCAUCAUCCCUGAGAAAGUCGCUGAGGUCAAGGAAUAUCUUGACAUCCGUGAAAUUAAUGGAUAUACAAUCCACUACGCUCCAUUCCAACCUGCCGAUGGGUCGCCUCCCAUCCGUACUCUGGUCUACAUCGGAACCCCGGAUAACGAGCAGUUCGUUGGUCCUCAAGACCCUCAGGAGCUUGCUGAGCAUAUCUUCCGCAGUCAAGGUCCCAGUGGUCUGAACAAGGACUACCUUCUGAGUCUCGAUACGGCUCUCAGCGAGCUUGCGCCUGAUAGCGGUGACAACCACAUCCAUGAUCUUGCCCGUCGUGUUAGAGAACUCGAGAAGAACUGCACAGACGAGCACAAGGUUCUCAACCCAACACCGUCCGCCCAUAUGCAGAAGCAUAGUACCGAGGAGGCAGAGGAGAUCGAAGAACCGCAACAUUGA